AACAUCUUAUAAAAACAAUUGGCAUAACUAAACUUCGUAACAAGUUAUCAAAAGAGGAUUAUAUCAGAUUAUUUUUUGUUGUACCAGCUAAUUUGUACAAUGAUUACAAAAAGCAAAGAUUAAUUGGUGAUCAAGAAAUCAGAAGUCGUAUCAAACAGUAUAUAUUAAGAAUUGAUUUAA